AGCUUGCUACAUGUUCACGUGUGGGUGGACGGGAUAAAGUCAUUAUUCACACUGAUUUAGUAACUUUGGAUUUUCCCGUCUAGUAAACGCCACAAUAUAUAUUUUUUAAUCGGGUUCUUAAUUUUUCGCCGUGUUCUACCCUAAUCCAUUUCGUUGAAACACGACAGCCUAGAGGAACUGACUGAAAAAAAUCCUCGUAUCUGCUUCCAUUCAGCACUGCUCUCAUUCUUUACCUUAGACAUGCAACUCAUUCUUUCCUGUGUUUUCCUGGCAUUUUGGAGGGGAUUGGUCAUAGGGUCCCGUUGUCCUCUGAAUGACUUCCAGCGUUCCGAGGGAAGGGAGCUGGUUCCGACCUCCUGGAACUCUGCACGGGUGCUGAUACUGCCAGGGCUGAUGCUGGAGGACUGUGCCAGACGAUGCUCAAAUACACUGGACUGCAGAGCCUUCAACUACGAGACGCGUCCCUCCAUCACCUGUAAACAGCUGCCAUGGGUGGAGGAUGGCAGCAACGCAGAGGUCAAGAGGAACGUCAACUGUGACCUUUAUGAGAAGAAGGUCUACGUAAGAAAGUGCAUUGUGGGUAAAGGAGAAGACUAUCGAGGCAAGGUGUUCAUGACAAAAAGUGGCCAUACUUGUCAACAGUGGUGGUCAAAGUUCCCACACGAUCACAGAUGGACACCCACAGCCACUAAUGGCUUGGAGCUGAACUACUGCAGGAACCCAGAUGGGGACCGCAUUGGGCCAUGGUGCUACACCACUGAUCCAGAACGGCGUUAUGAGACCUGCAAUAUCCCCCACUGCAAAGAUGAGGUGUGUAUCACAUGUAAUGGUGAAGACUACAGGGGUCAGGUUGACCACACAGUGAGUGGCAGAGAGUGCCAACGUUGGGACCAGCAGUACCCACACCAACACAUCUACCAGCCUGAGAAGUAUCCAGAUAAGAGCUUGGAUGAUGACUACUGCCGCAACCCAGACGCCUCCCCUGUUCCCUGGUGCUACACCACAGAUGCUGAUAUGGAGAGAGAGCGCUGCGAGAUCAGCAAGUGCUCUGUGGUUACAAAGAGACGCCUCCGGUCCAGCUACACCACAAACUGUUUCCGUGGUCGCGGGGAGGAUUACCGCGGUAAAGUAAAUGAGACGACCGGCGGUAUCGCCUGUCAGCGUUGGGACGCCCAGUACCCGCAUGAGCACCCCUUCUACCCAAACACCUACGAAUGCAAGGGCUUGGAGGAGAACUACUGUCGUAACCCAGAUGGAUCCGAGGCACCCUGGUGCUUCACGUCUGUGCCUGAGAUGAGGACGGCUCUUUGUUUACAGAUCAAACGCUGCGCAGACGACAUUGAAGCUGAGGAUUGCUACCAUGAAAAUGGUAAAAACUACAGGGGUGUAGUCCGUAAGACGCGUAAGGGCAUCACCUGUCAGAAGUGGAGUGUCAACAUGCCUCACAAAACAAAGAUAAACCCAGGGACCCACCCUGAUGCCAACCUGACAGAGAACUACUGCCGGAACCCAGAUGGGGACCAGCACGGACCCUGGUGCUACACCACUGACCCCAAAACAGAGUUUGACUACUGUGCCAUCAAGCAAUGUGCUGGGGAGAAAGUGUCCAUCAUUGAGCCAUCAGAGAUUGUGGAGUUUAAUGAGUGUGGAAAGAGAGAGGAUCGUUUGGCCAAGAGCCCAAUACUGCGUAUUGUUGGUGGGCUUCCUGGAAACUCUCCCUGGACCGUCAGUCUCAGAGACAGGAAAGGAAACCAUUUCUGUGGAGGCUCCCUGGUUAGCUCCAAAUGGGUGAUCAGUACUAAGCAGUGUUUCUCCUCUUGCUAUGUUGACCUUCCGGGGUACUCGGCCAUGAUGGGGACAUUGUUUCGUAACCCCAUAGUAGGAGAGCCAGACCGACAGACUAUCCCUCUCACCAAGAUCGUCUGUGGACCAUCUGAGUCCCAGCUGGUCAUGCUACAACUGGAAUACCAUGCCCAGUUUAACGAGCGUGUGUCUCAGAUAUGCCUGCCCCCUGAACGCUACAUAGUUCCAGAAGGAACCCUCUGUGAGAUCGCAGGCUGGGGCGAAACUCAAGGCACUUCUACAGAUGACUCUGUGCUCAAUGUGGCUCAAAUACCAGUUCUAAGCAACAAGGAUUGUAACAGCUACUUUCGGGGUCGUGUUCGGGAGAACGAGAUGUGCACCAACUCCUUCCAGGGUGGGGUGGGUGCCUGUGAGAGAGACUAUGGGGGCCCUCUGGCCUGUCAGAAUAGUGACUGCUGGGUGCUUGAGGGAGUGAUCAUCCCCAUGAGGCGCUGUGGACACCCAGGCCAGCCUAACAUCUUCAUCCGUGUCUCUGUCUAUGUGGACUGGAUUAAGAAGGUCAUGGAGAUGGCUUAGUCACGAAUACAUUAUGUCACCAAGCAGUGACUGGCUCUAUGUUCUACUGGACUGCAAUAUAUUUAUCCACCCUCACCCCCCCCACCCAUAGCUCACAAUCCAUGACCACCUAAUUGUAAUCCAUGACCAUCUACAUACAAUUAGUUAAUAUACACUGAGUAUAUCAAUACUGUUCCUAAUAUUAGAUUUUUGCUCAGAACAGUCUCAGUCCUUCGGGGCAUGGACUCUACAAGGUGUCGAAAGCAUUCGACAGGGAUGCUUGUUGAAUGCUGGCCCAUGUUGACUCCAGUACUUCCCACAGUUAUGUCAAGUUGGCUGGAUGUCCUUUGGGUGGUGGACCGUUCUUGAUACACACAGGAAACUGUUGACUGUGGAACACACAAACCGAUGCACAUGGUACCUACUCCCAUACCCUGUUCAAAGGCACAUAAAUAUUUUGUCUUGCCCAUUCCCCCACUGAAUGGUACAUAAACACAAUCCAUGUUUCAAUUGUCUCAAGGCUUAAAAUCCUCCCCUUCGUCUACACUGGUUGAAGUGUAUUUAACAAGUGACAUCAAUAAGGGAUCAUAGCUUUCACUUGGAUUCACCUGGUUAGUCUAUGUCAUGGAAAGAGCAGGUGUUCUUAAUUGUUUGUACGCUCAGUGUAUAAUGUGUGUUAGUCUACAAUAUUAUGACAAAAAUAUAAGAUAAAAUAACUAUGUUUUCCCUUGUCUUCUGCCUACGUGUCAAAAACAAUAUUAGGCAUUUUGAUCUGAACAAAAUAACCAUCAUCUUGUGGUGAUUACAUUACAUAUUGAACUUUGGCACUGACCUCAGGAUGUGCUUGUGAAGGACAUGCCUCCUUAACCUCAUGCUUCUCAACAGCGUUCCCACACCCUUCACUAAAACUGCUGACUUACACUUACUUUUUUGGUCAUAUGGGGUUUUCUUUUCUGUAAAUUAGUUUUCUCUUCAUAACUGUUUGAGUAAUUCAUUGUUAUUCUCAGUAAUUCAUUGUUAUUCUCAAUAACUCAUACCUUUAUACGUGUAGCCUAUAAAGCAUUUUCAUUAUGCGUAUGACUGUUUUCAAUUUAAAUGUUUUUUAUUUUUUAUUCUACACUGUAAAAAACAAGAUGUUGAUUCACCGUAGAAUUGUAUGGCAACCAGCUGCAGUAGGAUUGUGAGUUUGCUCAAUAUUUGGGCAUAUACUGUAGCUGAACCAAAAUACAUUCUUCCGUUGAAUUGUAUGUUCACUCAACAUUAGAUUUUAGGAGUUGAGUGAACAUACAAUUCAACUUGAGAAUGUAUUCAACCUAUUUGCAUAUUUCCCAGUGUGCCUAUUGAGUGAUUUGUAGUUACCACCCAUGACUGUAUUUGUUAGCGACAGACACAUAUAUGUUGUAGUCAAUUUGUUUUCAGUCUUGAAGCUUUCACCAAUUGUGUGUCUAAGUGAAUAUGUUGUUUUUUAAAUUAAACUCUUUAUGACAGUGCAUUACGUAAUAGAUACAUAAGGCCUUUCUUUGAGGGCUUAGUUACACCCUAACACAGCAGUUUGAAACUCCUGGUUUACAGGCCACAUCAAGCAUGCAAGUCACAUUAUGCUGGCUUGCAAAGUGAUGUGUAGUUCCUAUUGGAGAACAGCUAGAGUGAGGAUAUCCAACAAUUGGAACUUUUAAUCGUCUGCAUCCUGCAUUCAGAAAGACUUUUGUAGUAGGGAAGAUUGAUUAUUAAGACUACCGAAAUCAUAUAAACUGGAAUAGCCAUCUCAGAACUGGGUGCAAUAAGUCCAACUACUAACACAUUGGAUUAGUUUAGAAAAAUGUAUGUUGUUUGUGUAGCAUAAGAUGAAACAACCAAUCAAUGUGCAUACAAAAACACAGAUAUUGAAACAAACAAUUCUGAAAAUCAACCUGCAAUAGAGCAUGCUGGGCAAUAUAAUAAUGAUGGCUGUGGUUUUGAGCAAAAAUUAACUUUAACUUAAUUUUUUAAUCGGGAGGUGCUGGAACAAAAAGUGAGCGCGAGAGGGGGGUGACUUGUGGAGUUCUGAGGUACCGGAACACAUGAGGAAAAAAGUUACCUUUAUAAUAAAACAUUGCAUUCA